CCCAAAGUGAACCAACCGCAUAAGACUGUCCCUCUGUGCCGCCAUGGACUGGCAUCACAAGUGGUUCUGCCAAGCAGAAGGCUACGUCGUCCCUGACUUGGGCGACGGCGUCUUCACGGCCAGCUUUGGAGAGCACGGUCUCGUCAAUGUCACCCGAAUCUCCGACAUCGACCAUGAUGCCGUCCCUGGCGUUUCCGCCCGCGACGGCCUCGCCCCUCGUGCUCUCCCCAUCUCGCGAUUUGGCUGCUAUCGGGCGUCGCAGAACCACAAUGACUGGGAGAUUGUCCGGGCCAACUUCAAGAACAUGUGCAAUCAAGGCGUGAGGAUCCCUGGAAACGGCAUCCGGUACGCUGUCAGCGGAGUUCAGAUCGCGUUUGGAUGCAGCUGGGGCGGGGAGAACGGGUGCAGCGGCGCUGAAUACGAUGAGUUCCUCAGGUACAUCAAUGGCAACUGUGGUGGAUGGUACGGAGGAUGGGUUGACAUGGACAGCUGGAAGAAGCAGUAUGGUAUGGAACAGAAGGGCGAGGCCAUCUGCGGCCAUUCGAUCAGCUGGCGUUGAGGACGACGACGGGACAGACACCCGGGACUAGUUGCCCGCCUGUCUGGUCUUGAAACGCAACCUAGGAAUGACGCUCUUGGUUGGGUGUACGGGGGAGCGCGUCGUUUCCCAGGGCUUGGAGCAGGUCGGCAGUGAGUGUGUCAUGAUUGGGGUUGUAUGGACGGAUGGGUCAGAACAGGGUGAGCUGGGAAAUGCUGUCGAAACUGUCAAGGUUAUUGGUCAGUGGAUCUGCGCUUUUUUUUCCCUCCCUAGCUUCAGUUGGCUAUAUAUAAGGUAGGUAGCUUCUGGGGUAGAGUAGUCCUUGGCGCCCUUCGGGGGUGCUAUGAUUUAGUCGCCGACUCAACCAUUGAGACAAAUACGCACUCUCUUCUCUUCC